AUGUACCAAAGGCUACUAAGUAUCAGACAAGUAGCCCCCGUACCUUUGGCACCCCUACAACCGCCUUACCCUAGCUGGUAUAAGCCAGAUCUUACCUGCGUAUACCAUGCCGGUGUAGCUGGGCAUAACAUCCAUACUUGCAACGCCUUCAAGAGAAAGCUUCUGCAAUUGAUCAAGGUAGGAUGGAUAACAUUUGAAGAAGCCCCUAAUGUGAAUAUGAACCCUUUACCCAAUCAUGCUUCAGGUAGUGGGUCUGUAAACAUGUUAGAAAUAGAACACUCAAAAAUCUUGAAGGUGCCAAUGGAUAAGAUCUACCAAAUGAUGGUAGAUGCAAGGUACAAAGAAGGUAGCGAGAAGUGCUGUGAACAUCAUAAUAUAGAAGGCCAUGUGAUUAGCCAAUGUGAGGGCUUUCACCAAAAAGUGAUACAGAUGAUGAGUCGUGGAUUGCUACGAAUCGAGAAAGCAACAGGUGAGGAGGUGUCCAUGAUGGAAGCACCAAAUAAAGAGGUAUGUCGAGUACAAUUUGUUACGGGAAAACCACCCAAACUAGUCUUAUCCAAACCAGUAGUGGCACAUAAAGGGAAUUACAAUGCCUUACCUCAUGACUAUGGGUGUUCCUUUAAAAGCACUCAGCAUCUGCCUGUUUUUCAAGUAGAAAUUAGAGGAUUAACCCGUAGCGGUAGAUGUUUCACUCCAGAAGAAUUGGAAAAACAAAGAAAAGCUAAGGGUAAAGAGGGGGUUGACGUGACCGAGGAAAUAAACAAACCUGUUACGGAAGAGGAAACUAAUGAAUUCUUGAAGUUGAUGAAACACAGUGAAUAUAGUGUUGUUGAACAGCUUAAGAAAACUCCAGCAAGAAUAUCAUUGUUGUCUUUAAUUCUAAGCUCUGAGCCAUAUAGGAAGGCCCUACAGAAGGUAUUGAAUGAGGCAUACGUUCCUCAUGACAUCAAUCAAGAAGCUAUGGAACAUUUGGUGGGAAGAAUCCAAGCCUCGAAUUAUGUAUACUUCACUGAAGAUGAAUUGGGUCCUGAUGGUACCGGGCAUAACAAGCCACUAUACAUUACAGUGCGGUGUAAGGAUAUUCUAAUCGGAAAGGUACUCAUCAAUAACGGUUCUGCACUGAACGUCCUACCAAGGCAUAUGUUGAAAGAAAUGCCUAUCGAUGAGUCACAUAUGAAACCUAGCACAUUGAUGGCGAGAGCAUAUGAUGGUUCGCCAAGACAGAUAAUUGGGACCUUAGAAGUGGAGCUAUAUGUAGGGCCGCAGAUGUUCCUGAUAACAUUACAAGUAAUGGACAUUCACCCAUCUUACAACAUAUUAUUAGGGAGGCCGUGGAUUCAUGCAGCUGGAGCAGUGGCUUCUUCACUACACCAGUGUUUAAAAUAUAUUAUGAAUGGAAUAUUGAUAACUGUCAAAGCUGAAGAGACAGUUUCCAUGAUAAAAAAUAUAGCCAUACCCUUCAUUGAAGUGGAAGAUUGUAGAGAUGGGGAUAUUCAUGCAUUUGAAAUUGUGAAUAUGGAAUGGGUUCCUGAAGAAUGGGGCUCCUUUCCAAUAUCUAAAACUGGCCCAAUCAAGCUAAAGAGUGUAGAUCAAAGAUUUGGGCUUGGAUAUAAGCCCAAGAAAGAUGACUACAAACGAGUUGCCCAGAUUAGAAAGGAGGCAAGAAUGACAAGGAUUGAAGGAAGAGAGCCAGAAGAAGAGGAAUUUGUCGUCCCAUCGCUCCAAGUAUCUUUCCCAAGGGCUACAGAAGUGAUUAGAUCCGGCAUAGUAGAUCUCCACAUCAGUACCCUAGAGAGCCAAGAAGGAAAACAUAUAGAGGAAGCGGAUCUAGAAGUGAAGGAUGAAGUUCUACCACAGCUUUCCAUUCACACCAUUGACGAACCCCUUGCAAGAUUUUUUAUGCGAAGAUUGGCUGAAGGAGAGGUGUACCAGAAUUGGAAGAUGGAGAUUGCUCCUAUUGUGUUUAAAAAGAAUCCUGAAAGUUCCAUCGAUUCACAAAACCACUGCACUAAGAAUAAUUGGCCAAACUUUGAUAAUAUGGUUGCAAUGGGCGAUGAAGAAUGGGAGGAAGAAGAUAUAAAAGAAUUUACUAGGUUGGUAGAAAACUCCGAGAAGUCCUGGGAACCUGCUAGUGAGAAACUAGAAGUCAUCAACUUGGGAAAUGAGCAAGAAAAGAAGGAACUAAAGAUUGGCACCCUUGUUACAACUGAAGAAAGAAAUAAACUAGUCUCUCUUUUACGUGAAUAUGCAGAUGUUUUUACCUGGACUUAUGCAGAUAUGCCCGGUCUAGAUACUGACAUAGUAGUACAUAAAAUUCCCUUAAUAGAAGGAAGCAAACCAGUUAAGCAGAAAACCAGGCGAAUGCGCCCAGACAUGUUGCUCAAGGUAAAGGCUGAGAUUCAAAAACAGUGGGAUGCAAGGUUUCUAGAUGUGGUCCAAUAUCCUCAAUGGGUAGCUAAUGUGGUUGUAGUCCCAAAAAAGGAUGGCAAGAUCUGGGUGUGUGUGGACUAUAGAGAUUUGAAUAAAGCGAGCCCAAAAGAUGAUGUUCCUUUACCUCACAUAGACAUUUUAGUUGAUAAUGCUGCAAGAAAUGCUACGUAUUCUUUCAUGGAUGGAUUCUCUGGCUAUAACCAGAUAAGAAUGGCGGAAGAAGACAAAGAGAAGACCACCUUUGUCACACCGUGGGGGACAUUCUGCUAUAAAGUUUAUGUGGAUGACAUACUUGCGAAAUCAAAGAAGGAAGAAGAUCAUGUGCAAGUAUUAAGGAGACUAUUUGAAAGGCUGCAAAAAUUCCAAUUAAAGUUGAACCCUGCAAAAUGCUUAUUCGGGGUAAAAACAGGAAAAUUGCUGGGCUUCAUAGUAAGUGAUCAAGGAAUAGAAGUUGAUCCUGAUAAAGCCAAAGCUAUUCAGGAGAUGCCUGCACCUAAGACAGAAAAGGAAGUACUUGCAAAAUCCACCGCUGCUAGACCUCCAACACUAGGGAGACCUUUGAUCUUGUAUUUGACAGUAACAGAAACAACUAUGGGUUGUGUACUGGGACAACAUGAUGAGUCAGGAAGGAAAGAGCAAGCUAUUUACUACUUGAAUAAAAAAUUCAAUGACUGUGAGUCAAGAUACACAACAAUUGAAAGGUUGUGUUGUGCCUUGGUUUGGAGUGCGAAAAGACUCAGGCAGUAUAUGUUGUACUACACAACCUGGUUGAUUUCAAAAUUAGAUCCGCUCAAGUAUAUAUGUGAAAAACCUUACCUGUCAAGUAGAAUAGCAAGGUGGCAAGUGUUGUUGACAGAAUAUGACAUUGUCUUUAUGACAAGAAAAGCUGUAAAAGGAAGCGUAAUCGCCGAUCAUCUUGCAGAUCAUGCUAUGAAAAACUAUGAGCCUCUAAACUUUGACCUCCCAGAUGAAGAUGUGAUAGUAAUCGAGAAUAGAGGCGGGGAAAGCGAUAUGUGGACCCUUUACUUUGAUGGUGUAGUAAAUGUAUCAGGAAAUGGGGCAGGUGCGGUAGUAAUUUCCCCAGAAAAUAAGCAGUAUCCUGUUUCAGCAAGGUUACUGUUUGAAUGUACCAAUAAUACGGCCGAGUAUGAAGCCUGCAUUAUUGGCUUGGAAGUGGCUUUAGAACUUAAAGCCAAGAAGCUUGAGGUCUUCGGGGAUUCCUUACUAAUCAUCUGCCAAGUCAAAGGUGAGUGGCAAACCAAGGAUGAGAAAUUGAAGCUGUAUCAAAAUUAUCUCUUGAGGUUAGCCAAUGAAUUUGAGGAGAUCAAAUUCACCCAUAUAAGUAGAGAUAAGAAUCAGUUUGCUGAUGCCCUGACAACCUUAGCUUCAAUGACACAAGUCGAUAUCAGAAGCAAGAUCCAGCCAAUAGAUAUCGAAGUCAGAAGCUUCCAAGCCCAUUGUUGCUUAAUUGAAGAAUCUCCAGAUGGGAAACCAUGGUCAGGAUAUUUCUGGUUGAUCAUGGAGAGAGAUUGUAUAGACUAUGUGAGAAAAUGCCAUAAGUGUCAGAUAUAUGGUGAUAGAAUAAAUGCGCCUCCAACACCUCUGUUCAAUAUGAUCUCACCUUGUCCUUUUGAUAUGUGGGGUUUGGAUGUUAUAUGGCCAAUCAACCCUAAAGCGAGCAAUGGACAUAGAUUUAUUCUGGUGGCCAUCGACUAUUUCACCAAAUGGGUAGAAGCCAAUUCUUACGCCCAUGUAACACAGAAAGUAGUCAAGAGAUUCAUUGAAAAGGAUUUGGUCUGUCGUUAUGGUUUGCCAGCAAGAUUGGUAACUGAUAACGCUCAGAAUUUUAAUGGGAAGCUGAUUGACAAACUAUGCACCAAGUGGAAGAUUAAACACCUUAAUUCUUCCCCUUAUAGACCAAAGAUGAAUGGGGUAGUGGAAGCAGCCAAUAAGAAUCUCAAGAAGAUCAUCCAAAAAAUGGUGGUCACUUACAAGGAUUGGCAUGAGAUGCUCUCAUACGCACUUCAUGCGUACCGCACCAUAAUUAGAACUUUUACAAAGGCAACCCCAUAUUCUUUAGUGUAUGGAAUGGAGGCAGUUAUGCCCUUAGAAGUAGAAAUCCCAUCACUGCGGAUCUUGAAGGAUGCAGAACUGGACGAAUCAGAAUGGGCGAGGUUAAGAUUUGAGCAGCUAAACUUGAUUGAUGAAAGAAGACUAGCAGCUGUUUGUCAUCACCAGUUAUACCAAAGCAGGAUAGCAAAGGCUUACAACAAGAAGGUCAAACCAAGGGUGUUUAAGGAGGGGGAUUUGGUGUUAAAGAAGAUCUCACUAGCAUCAGGAGAAGAUCAAACUAAGUGGGCACCAAACUACGAAGGGCCAUAUGUGGUGAAAAAGGCUUUAUCUGGAGGGGCCUUAAUUCUGACUAAUAUGGAUGGAAAUGAUCUACCUAGACCUGUAAACUUAGAUGUUGUAAAGAAAUCAGUGUCUCACCAUCACCUCUUUUUGAGCGGGCUGUUGAGUCCUCAUCAUUUAGAUAGUGUGCUUUCUAGCCCUAUCUUCCUUCUCUUUGAGUGCGCCCUUGAGCCAUCAAACAUCCCAGCUGGUGCACCUUACAACCCUACCUCUUUUUGA